UUUCAAAUUCUUGGAGGAUCAGCAAAGACUGUGGAGCUGGGAGUUCAGUAAUAGUGCUGAAAAUCCAGAUAAAGUUAAUAAUGUAAUGAACAGAUUUGACCUUCCAGUUCACAUCUGUCUGCAAGUCACUAGAAAUUAUUUAUACUUCAUGGUUGCCAUGGCACAGUAAGACCAGAUAAAGUGCUGAAUGUCUGCAACAGCUGUUAUAACAACAGAUUAGCUGUUAGCACAGAUGCUAUUAGCACAGAUGGAGCUGUCUGAGAAUCCAGCCAAAAUCAUUUGAUCAUUCAAUUCUAGGUUCCUGGAGCUGGGCUCCAGAAGAGGACAGUUUUAAAUAUUUAAAUGUAGAAUUGAAGAAAAAAGCUGUUUUAGUCUAGGUAGCUACUGUGAUCUACUAGUUAUAACUGUGGAGUGAAUUGAUACUGUCGACUCGAUGAGAUUUAUCUUUAAAAGAUCUUGGUAAGGCACUUAUUUUUUUUAGGGUUAGUUUAGAAGUAAACCAUGUGAAUACUACAGCUCCUCGCUCACAAGACCGCCUUGUGUUCCUCUCCCAAUAUGGCGGAGGGGUUAACGUAUUGCUUCAACGGAUUUGGGAGGAUUUGCAACGUAUUGCUGCGUCUCACUGAUACGUGAGGAACAUCGGGACAGGAGCCAUCAUCGGUCACCAAGCUUCGCCACAUAAAGGUUGAGGCGUUGCCCCGCACCGCUCUGGGAUAAAUCACCAUCUGUAGCCAUGUCUGGCAGAGGGAAGACCGGAGGCAAAGCCAGGGCCAAGGCCAAGUCUCGUUCCUCUCGAGCCGGACUCCAGUUCCCGGUUGGUCGAGUCCACAGACUUCUGCGCAAAGGGAACUACGCGGAGCGCGUUGGCGCCGGAGCCCCGGUGUAUCUGGCGGCGGUGCUGGAGUAUUUGACCGCCGAGAUCCUGGAGCUGGCAGGCAACGCGGCGAGGGACAACAAGAAGACCCGGAUCAUCCCCCGCCACCUGCAGCUUGCCGUGCGCAACGACGAGGAGCUCAACAAACUGCUGGGAGGUGUGACCAUCGCUCAAGGGGGGGUCCUGCCCAACAUCCAGGCUGUCCUCCUCCCGAAAAAAACCGAGAAACCGGUCAAGAGCAAGUGACCGAUUUCUCGGUCUCGAUGUACUGGAGCUACCGCUUUUAUAUAACUGUCUUUCGAAUUAGAGGCGACGCUUCGGUUUCUGCUGUUUUCUCUAAUAAACUGCUUCUUGCUUGAGAUGCUGUGGAACAAACCUUUCUUUUUAAGCAGUCUUGAACGGUGAUUUUGAACAGCUCUGAUGUAAGCUCAUUUUGGAUGUCUUGUUUAUUUGUGGUGCUUUCAUUAAAAAGUGUUUGAACUAAUUUUUUAUUCUAUUUAUUUUUUUUGGCUGUUUUUGUCUUACGGCUAUUUACAGAUUGAGGCCGCAGACUCCCAUAAAUCCAUACGCAGUGUUCGCUCCCUUUUUUCCACCCUGACACAUUUCCAGAAGCCUUGUCAGUUCUGCCAUUUCAUCUGUAUGCCUCUCAGCUUCUGUUUCAAAAUAAAAACAUAAAUACCAACUGUA